GUGGGGUCCGGACUGGGGUCUGAGCCGGGACUUAUUGGCCUUCUCCCUUUUCUUUUUAGGUCCUCACGACUCAAAAUCUAGUUCUACAAAGAGCUCAGCUCCGUCCUCCAAACAUCUGAGUAACUGAGUUUCUCUGAAUCUUCCUGCCACAUAAGGACCAGGCAAGAACCCAGCUCUGCUUCAGCCCUGCACACCCCUUGCUCCCCCAAAAAGGACAACAAUGAGCUUCAGUGGCGAUCAAACCCAACUGGAAGACUGUCCAGUCACUUCCGGGGACGACCGAGCCUCCUGUUGUGGUCAGACGAUGACCCCCAAUGCUGACCAGACUUGCCAUGGGCAUCAGGAGACGGCUCUCAAUAGUGACCAGAAUGUCUACAGAGAUGAGAUGAGAACUCUCCUCAGUGGUGAUCGGCGUCUCUGUAGGAGUCAGAUGACAAGCCCUAGUGAUGAGUUACUCACCUAUGGGGCUCGGACAAUGGCCCCUGAUGCAAACCAGACUUUCUUUGGGGGUCAGAUGACUCCAACAUGUGCCCUUACAAAAGGGGUUCAGACGGCAUUCCCUACUAGUAACCAGACCAUCUUUGGGGGUCAGAUGACUCCAACCAGUGCCCUUACAAAAGGGGUUCAGGCGACACUCCGUACUAGUAACCAGACCAUCUUUGGGGGUCAGAUGACUCCAACCAGUGAUUCAAUGGAUGGGGUUCAGUUGACACUCCCCAUAGGUAACCAGAUUUUCUUUGGGAGUCAGAUGACUCCAACCAGUGGUCACCAGGCUUCCUAUAGGACUCAGAUGAUGCCCUGUGAGGGUAACCAGUCUCUGUACAGAAGUCAGAAGAUAACACCCAGUGUUGACCAGGCUCAGAUGGCCGCCCUAGAUGGAGACCAGACCUUACAUGGCGUGCAGAUGACAAACCCCAGUGGUGACCAGAUUUUCUAUGACCCUCAGAUGGCAAACCCCAGAGGUGGCCAGACCCAUUAUACAGGACAGGUGAUGUCCCUUGUUGCCCUUAUUCGUAGCCAGCUGCACUUUCAGGACAGAUCCCCAUCUACUUCAAAUUCUCGCGUGGCCCAAGAACAGCUUCCAGAAUGUUCUUCAAGCUUUCCUUUGGCACCAAGACAUUUCCCAGUCAUGACAGAGAACCUCGGAACUUGGGCCUCUAAGUUGCAGAAGAGGAACAAUUGGAAGACCUACAAUUGCAAACAAUGUGGACAGCUAUUCCUAAGAACUUCCCACCUCCAAAACCACCUUAGAAGCAAACACAAUGGGGAUAAGCCCUACAGAUGCCGCAUGCCUAAAUGCCAGUGGAAAUUUGCCAGCUUAGCAGAGCUCAGGCAACACAUGAAAAUGCACUUUGAGGGGCCGUCCUCUAGUUGAACGGUGUGCAGCAAGGACUAUUCAUGGAUGGACAACCUAAGGCAGCACCCGGAAGUGUUACCCAUCAGUCCCCCAGGACGCGUGUGAAGCUGUAAAUACACGUUCUACAAGGACUCUCAGCACUAAAAGGAUGAAGUAAAUUUCUUCUGUGAAGACAUUGUUUGAGAUUUAAGCGCUGACACAAGGACUUUAAGUUCAGCACGUAGGAAGCAGAGCAGCUCUAAGUUUGAGGCCAGCCUGUGUUAUGUAGUAACUUUUUCUUAGAAAGAAAUAAUUACUUAUUGUCUAUUAAUAGUAGUUUGCUUUAAUUAUUAAAAUGUGGGAAAUAUACAACCCUUUAAAAUUGAUGCUGAUGAUUCUAUUUCUGGAGUUGAUUCUUUGCAUUUUGUAGACUUUGGAGACCAAAGUUAAGGUUAUCGUGUUUGUCUACCUAUAGCUAUUGGGUCAUGUUGCUAACCCUGAAAACUCUUUUUUUUCUUUUUUCUUCCUUUUUUUUUUAAAAUAGAGACGAAGUUUCUCUAUAGCUAGGCUGAUCU